AUGGCAGACAUGUAUAAAUCUUGUUCCAGCAUUGGAUCUUUAGCUAUCUCCCAUACAAGUUUUACUGGAGGAAAAGAGGCGGGUGUUUGUCAGACCUCAAUGGUAUCAGACAAAGGAAGGAAGAUCCAGCUGCUAAAGAUGUUAUGUCUUACACUGGUUCCCACCCUCGGAUUGUGGGUUUUCUGUGCGUUCCAGUUAACAACAGAAGUCAAUAUCAGACGAAAUUAUGAAAAGUCAAUAGAAUCGCUGACGUUUAGUAUCAACGUUGGCAAACUCAUUCACCAUCUUCAGAAUGAGAGAGACUUAAGUAUACUUUACUUAAGUGCUAUAGGGCCAGAGACAAAGUCUUUCCUGCUGCAAGAAUACACAAUAACAGACGAGUUCAUAGAAAGCUUACAAAUGUGGCCCGGUAAUCUUGAUCGCUAUAACAGACCGGCGUUUCGAUCGAAAAAUAAACUCAUUGCUCACCUAGGACGACACCGACAGAACCUUGAUGGCUCAACAAUCGACCAGGAACACGUAUUUUACUCCUCUAUCAUUGAUAUAAUUGUCCACUGGGGAUACGAAACAAUAAGCGAGUCAAAAUUUGCCGUCAUUUGGAAAUCAUUUGUGGCCUUUCAAAAAAUAACUGUGGCCAAAGAAAAUCUUGGAGUGGAGCGAGCUUUUGGUACCAUGUUUUUUGCAAGUGGGGGAUUCGAAAAUCAUAAGCAGUAUGAAACUUACAACAUCAACAGUUUUGGUUUCCAGGAGAACUAUGUCUCCGCCAGAAUGUAUUCCCCUCAUGUAGGUCACCUAGAUUUACAUGGAAUCGAAAGUUUUGGUAUUAAUGUAUCAGUAACCAUUAGGAAUUUCCGGAAAUAUGUCAAGGAGUUUGGCGAGGAAGAACAAGAUCCAGCAAAAGCAGACAUUCAGAAAGCUCGCUGGCACUAUGAUAACGUCACAAAAUAUCUAGACACUCUACUUAGUCUUCAAACUACACUGGGGUACAUAUGCAUGUCAAAAUUAUCUACCCUAGCCGAGAGAGCUAAAACCGGUGUAUUCAUCAACAUUUUUCUGUUAGUAUUCGUCCUUCUGUCCUGUUCGUUCCUCAUUUUCUGUGUCGAAAACCAGACUAGUAACAUUCAGAAAUUUGCAGGAAUCCUGGUCGAUAGAACCAAAGAACUUAAUGUUGAAAAGAAGAAAACGGACUCUCUCCUUUAUCAGAUGAUUCCUAAAUCUGUGGCAAAAAAGCUGAAGAGAAAUGAUGAUAUUAAUGCGGAAUAUUUUAAAUCGGUGACUGUAUUUUUCUCCGAUAUCGAGGGCUUCUCCUACAUCACUCGUUCUCUUUCGCCAUUACGUCUGGUGGAACUUCUGAAUGUGCUCUAUGGCGCCAUCGAUAACCUUGUGGACCAGAAAAAUCUGUAUAAAGUGGAAACAAUCAACGACUCCUACAUGAUUGUAUCAGGUUUACCAAAGAGAAAUAAAGAUCAUCAUGCAUCGGAAAUAGCAGAUUUUGCAAUUGCCUUACAAAAGAUGAUGAUGAUGAAAACAUUUUACGAGUUUGGUCGACGCCAUAUACAACUUAAAAUAGGCAUUAACUCGGGUUCAUGCAUGGCAGGUAUAGUUGGAUCUAAGCUCCCCCGUUACUGCCUCUUCGGAGACACCAUCAAUGUGGCCUCCAGGAUGAAAUCUACUGGUUUGCGAAAUCAAAUUCACAUCAGUCAUUCCACAUACACCUUACUGGCUAAAACUGGAAAGUACACAAUACUUAAACGUGGAAUUGUCAAUAUCAAGGGUAAAGGAGAAAUGCCUACAUACUGGUUGACGGAUAUUGUUCGAUCUAAUUCUGGAAGUAUAGACGUAGACCCGAAUGGUUCACCGGUCUCCAACGCAAGCUUUGAACUUAUCUGUGAAAUGCUUCAGAAUCGCUGUGCAUUAAGUCGGGCAUUGGGAAUGAACCCAGUCCUCCCGUGUAAGACUAUGUCCCUGACAGAUAUAGGAAAAUAUGUGAACACAGAAAACACCAAUAUGGCGUCAGUUUCAACCUCUCGCAGCGACGAAACCUCGCCCUUCAACGCCUUUCAAACCGUUAUGGGGAGGAAAAAGACAGAAAUCUGCAUUGAUGAAUUUGAGCCGGAGAAGGAUUCGACGGACACUCGGUCGUCUGUGCCUUAA